GUGGACAUAAUCACACCCAGCGCACACAAGUGCGUUGGCACUUGUAAGCUAUAAAGGAGGGAAUAUUGUACGGUAUUAUUGUGGCUGUGCAGUCUGUAGUUAACGUUGGUUGGCAAUUUGACAUAAGAAUGAUUGGACAGAUAACGUGGACAGGAUAUCAUGCAUGUUGGAUUCCAUGAGAUAGUGGUCAUCUGGAUAAGAUAACAUGAACCUCCGAUCAAGACGAGAUCACGCCGAAAAGUUCCAACUGAUGAUCCAUUGAAGUUCAACCUGAGUUCAUCGUCGCUUUGGAACCGAUGGUAUUGCUCUCUUAAUCCACUGGAUUUGAAAAAGAAAUGUGCCCAAUAACUUGACCUACUGAUGGUGGUAUGGUUUGAAAAGGCUUCGAGAAACCUUUGCAAAACCUUAAUUUAUGCUAGAAAAUAUGCCGGUAUAGCAUUUGACAUUGAAGGGUCACAGUGGUACGGUCCACCACAUGUGAAAUCUUCCAGAUCAAGAACGCCUAGAAAUCGCUGGUGUCCUCCAUAAUAUUUCUGCAGAAUUCUGGGACAAUUUGCGAUUGUGGAAUUGAACAAGUUGGACUUCAAAACACCCUGCACUGUAUAUCAAUACAGGUCACAAUGAUGAGUCGGCUCAUCAAAUGGCUGCCCAAGUCCGCUAGGUACUACUGCUCGCUCAAGUCCCAGGCGAUGGGCAGAACGCUGAUUGUGUUGAUGUGGGCCCUUGCAGGGUUUGCUCUCGUAUCGACAGGCGUUCUCUGGCGGUCUCUAGACAGUGUGGAACAAGAUGGUGGAGAACACGGCUUUUCUCAUUGGCUGACCAGAUUGCGCAGAAGCAUUGACCUCGUUUCUGACCCCAACCAAAGAGUGUCCAUACGUAGUAAAGAUAUCAGGUAUGGCGAAACAGAUGAACUUUGCGAAGAGAGUGAUUUCGCUGGCAGUGACGGUAACGUAACCUUACACAUGAAUUGGACAGAACUUUACCAUGCUGAAGAGGAAGUCUUACGAACAUCCACGAAUUCUAUAAGGAACUAUCUCAAGACGGAUAACAAACUGGUUCAAUCUAUGUACUUUGAUGCCGCACAUGGCGGCCGACGACCACGCAGGAAACAGCCGCCAACUUCUGUCGCCGACGCGCUCUCCGAGGGAGUAUUAAUUGAUGAUUAUUAUUAUGUAUCCGGAGGACACUGGAUACCAGCCACGUGCCAUCCAAGAUGGAAGGUGGCAGUUAUUGUUCCCUUUAGAGACAGAUAUUUCCAACUGCCCAUUUUUCUGAGAAACAUAGUGCCGUUUCUCAAGCGACAAAAAUUGGAGUUCGGAAUCUACGUCAUCGAACAGGCUAACGAGUUGGAGUUUAACCGAGCCAUGCUGAUGAAUGUAGGAUUCCAACAAGCCCUGAAUUUCACGCAUUGGGAUUGUUUUAUCUUCCAUGAUGUGGACCACCUCCCUCUGAAUGAUGCUAACUAUUAUGGAUGCAGCCACAUGCCGAGGCAUUUCAUAUCCGGCGCCGAUAGAUGGAAUUACAAGCUGCAGUACAGUUUCUUCUUCGGCGCCGUGACCGGAUUCACUCGCUCCCAGAUCCAAAAGUUCAACGGGUUCCCAAACGCCUACUGGGGGUGGGGAGGGGAGGAUGAUGAUAUCUUGAUACGAAUCCAAGCCAACGGCUUCUUCAAGACCCGACCCUGGGGUGUGACGGGGUUCUACAAUGUCAUCGCUGAGCAUCACAAGAGUGCCCCCAAGAAUAAGAAGAGGGUUUGCCUUCUCGAUUACGCCCGAGAGAGACUGAAGACCGACGGCCUAUCCAACCUGAUCUACCCGCCAGUCCGAGUCAGUCUGACCCCGCUCUACACCAAUAUCGCGGUCAAUAUUACAAAUCUCGCGUGGAAUCCCGCCUGGACAGUGUGCACCCGAGAUUACAGGAGAGCUAAGAAGGAAGAGGUCGUGGGUUGGAAGUUUGAGUGAUCUGGGACUAUGGGGCCAUAAAGCUGAAACAGUAAUGCAAUACCCGCUAAAGGGACAGAAGUUUCAAAUGUGGAAAGGAUUCUUACCCAUUUGAGUAUCGGAUAGUGACCGAGAAUGUUGAAAGCAAACGUGUCAAGGAUGAGGUGCAUGAUAGCCUAUUGUCAAGGCGCUUAUUUUAGAUCGGAUUUCAUCUACGGAUCAUGCUGGUCGUGAUUUCCAGACAAAGUUCGGCUCCUGAGAUGCAGUUUGAGUAUUUUGACCCUCUCAUCUCCAGGUCGACAACCCGUGGAGGCUAUAAAGCCGAUCUGAAGUACUUUGGCUAAAAUCCUUGCGUUGGAAAUUGUGUGUGGCCCACCAGCAAGUAUAAACCGCAUAAAACCUUACGUUAUUUGUUAUUUACGCCGAUUUGCAACCGCGUGCACACAUGCCCCUUUCUUAAUGUGUAUAAAGCUGUCUUAAAUUAAUUUUUUUAUAUACCCUCUGCAUGCAUUGUCUUCACUUGUAUUUUAAUACUUUUAAAUAGAAUUUACGAAGUUAGAAUAGUAAUAUUUUCCGGUCCGUAAAGGCAAUUGGACAAGCAGUGAGUAUUUGUAUAACUUUGUUAUCCUACAGUACAUGUAGCUUAAUAUUUGGAUGCAAUAAAUGUAUUUCUUUCUUGGAAGAUCAAAUAAAUGUGGCAAAACUGACCUACAAAGAAA